AUGUCUGGAAUUACUCUUCACCUACGUUCUGAGUUGGGAAAAGCUCUUGAACAUCGAUCAGCUCUUACCCCCACUACUGCCAAAGCUCUCAUCGAUGCUGGAUACACAAUCAAUGUCGAGCGCAGCCCAGAACGUAUAUUCGAUGAUGAAGAAUUCGAGAAGGUUGGAGCUACACUUGUGCCAGAAAACACAUGGAGACAAGCACCAAAGGAUCACAUUAUCAUUGGUUUGAAGGAACUGCCCGUUGAAGAAUUUCCCCUCGAGCAUGUUCAUGUACAAUUCGCACACUGUUACAAGCAGCAAGGGGGUUGGGACACCGUUCUAUCACGAUUCCCUCGCGGCGGCGGAACUCUCCUAGAUCUCGAAUUCUUGACAGACGAUAAAGGCAGAAGAGUUGCAGCUUUCGGAUACCAUGCUGGAUUUUCUGGUGCAGCAUUGGCAUUGGAAAACUGGGCAUGGCAACUCACCCACCCAGCAUCAGAGCCAUUCCCAAGCGUAUCUAGCUAUCCCAAUGAAGACGAUUUGAUUGUCGAUGUAAAGAAGGCAAUCGCAGCCGGGCAAGAGAAGACCGGCAAGGCACCACGAGUUUUGGUCAUUGGCGCAUUGGGCAGAUGUGGAAGCGGUGCAGUCGAUCUCUGCUUGAGAGCCGGUGUGCCUACUGAGAAUGUGUUGAAGUGGGAUAUGGCUGAGACUGCCAAGGGGGGACCUUUCCCAGAGAUUGUCGAGAGUGACAUCUUCAUCAACUGCAUAUAUCUCAUGUCCAAGAUUCCAAACUUCGUCGACAUGCAAAGCCUCAAUACCCCAAACCGCAGAUUGUCGGUCGUCUGCGAUGUCAGCGCUGAUACCACAAACCCUAACAACCCAAUUCCAAUCUAUACCGUUGCAACCACAUUCUCGGAGCCAACUGUCCCAGUCGAGGUCAAGGGAGAACCCAGAUUAAGUGUCAUCAGCAUUGACCACUUACCAAGUUUAUUACCAAGGGAGGCAAGUGAGGCAUUCAGCAAGGAUUUAUUACCAAGUCUGUUGUCUUUAAAGAAUUGGAGAAAUACUCCAGUCUGGGCGAAGGCCGAGAAGCUGUUCCAGGACAAGGUUGCUACAUUACCUAAGAGCGAGGGAUCUCUUAUUCCUAUAUAUAUUGCAAAUGUGAAUUCAUUGCCGAAUGAGAACUCUUAUCGGACUGUGGAUCAGUUGGAAUGUGGACCACACGUGAUUAGUGGUGGCUUUAUGGUUGCUCAUGAAUAUCCUAGAUAUGAAUAUGUGAAAGCCUUCGAGCAACCUGAUCUGCUCAUCCCAAAUACCUGGAUCGUAGUCCGUAUUGAUGGUCGGGGAUUUCAUAAGUUCUCGGAUAAAUAUGCAUUCGAGAAACCGAAUGAUAGGAGAGCGCUGGAUCUGAUGAAUGCGGCUGCUAAAGCGGUCAUGAUGGAAAUACCGGAUAUUGUCAUUGCCUAUGGGAUUAGUGAUGAGUACAGUAAACUCGUCACAACAAUAGUAUCUACUUUCACAGCAUACUAUGUUCAUCUCUGGAAUACCUAUUUUCCAGAAAUAGAUAUGCAACUCACGGCGCCAUUGCCUAGUUUUGAUGGUAGAGCGGUGCAGUAUCCUAGUGUGCAGAACUUGCGGGAUUACAUGAGUUGGAGACAGGUGGAUUGUCACAUAAACAAUCUUUACAACACCACUUUUUGGACCCUGAUUCAACAAGGAGGAUUAGAUGCACAGUCCGCGGAGAAGGAACUUGCUGGAUCUUUGUCUGCGAAUAAGAAUGAGAUUUUGUUCUCGAGGUUUGGGAUCAAUUAUAAUAAUGAGCCCGAAAUCUACAAAAAGGGGAGCGUGAUUUUCCGAGAUUACGAGUUAGUGGAACCGGGAGUGCCAAAAACAACUGAUGAAGACUCAGCAAAAACCAUUAAGCAGAAAGAACUCUCAAAAACCCAAGAAGAAAAAGAUAGGAAGAGGAGAGCAAAGGCAAGAAUCACGGUGGAACAUGUAGAUAUCAUCAGAGACGAAUUCUGGCAGAGAAGACCAUGGCUUUUAUCGAACAAGCCUGGAAAGAUACCCAAAGAGCCAUAG